ACAGAGCCGACGAGGUUGAUGAUGUGAGUAACUCGACGAACUACUGAUAUCUAACCCCUCACCGCGGAAAAGCAACCAAACUUCCAAGAGAUGGUUCGCGGACCCCGCGCCCCACUCAUGACCUGCAUCACCUAAGUCGCAUGAGGCGCUCAUAUGAACUUCGGCUUGCUCAAUGUUUUCGCAUCUUUCUAAUCCUUCAUAUGUAUAGCUAGUAAAUGCCGUGAAAUCUCUUAUCGUACCCUACGUCCGGGCAGCAGAUGAAGCCGCUGUCGUUCGAGCGCAAGGCCACCUCGGCGAAGGCCCAUCGGCGCAAAACGUACUUGUUGAAUCUCACCGUCCCGAGGACCUCGUGAAGCGCCUUCAGUUCUCCUUACCUGAAGGAGAAGGGAGGGGAAAAGAUGGGUUGAUGGAUACGAUACAAACUGUAUUGAGAUAUAGCGUGAAUACAUGGGAUCAGGGAUUCCUAGAUAAGCUAUAUUCAAGCACGAAUGCUGUGGGCGUGGUAUCUGACAUGCUACUCGCUGUGUUAAACACGAAUGUUCACAUCUACCAAACCUCUCCAUCCCUAACAGUCGUGGAAAAAACCACAUCGCGCGCGCUCGCGUCCCUCUUCGGGCUAACUGGGCCGCGCGCUGGCGGUGUGACGUGUCAGGGUGGGAGCUCCUCGAAUCUCACAUCUCUCAUAAUCGCGCGGAACACCCUCUAUCCCGCGACUAAGACUCAAGGGAACACCGGAUUCGUCUUUGCUCUGUUCACAAGCGCCCAUGGACACUACAGCGUGGAGAAGGCCGCUACGACGGCAGGCAUGGGGUCUCAGAAUGUGAUCACCGUACCUGUCGAUGACGAAGGCCGCAUGAUUCCCGCUACGCUUCGAGACGCUGUCUCAGCCGCCAAAGAGAAAGGUAUGACGCCACUCUACGUCAACGCCACGGCCGGAACCACGGUCCUGGGCUCCUUCGACCCGUUCCACGAGAUCGCGGACGUAUGCGCCGAGUUCAGGCUCUGGAUGCAUGUGGAUGCGUCCUGGGGCGGACCCGUGGCAUUUUCGACUGCUCAACGGCAUAAAAUAGCAGGCGUCGAGCGCGCGAAUACUAUCACGGUCAAUCCACAUAAGAUGAUGAAUGUCCCCGUUACAUGCUCCUUCUUACUGACGAGCGAUCUUGCCGUGUUUCAUAAGGCUAAUACGUUACCUGCUGGGUACCUGUUCCAUGGGGACGACGACGAUGACAAUGGUGGGGAGACCGUCCACGAGGAAAAAGAGUAUUGGGACCUUGCAGACUUGACGUUGCAAUGUGGUCGUCGCGGCGACAGUCUGAAGCUAGCGCUCGCGUGGAUCUACUACGGCGCGGCUGGCUUUGAAAAGCAAGUCGACCACGCCUUCGACAUGGCAGCACACCUCGCAUCCCUCGUCGAGAAAGCGCAUGAUUUCGUGCUGCUAUCAAGUAAUCCUCCACCUUGUCUACAAGUCUGCUUCUACCACGCGCCCGGCGGCGUUCUAGAUUCAAACGCGGAGGCCAAUACGCGGCGGACGAAGAUCAUGGUCCGGAAACUCGUUAGCAGAGGGUUCAUGGUGGACUAUUCACCCGGUGACAAUGGCAGUUUCUUCCGAGUUGUGGUGAAUUGCCAGACGAGAAAGGAGACAGUUGAUGGGUUGAUGAAGGCACUUGGUGAAGUUGGGAAAGAAGUUAUUACUUCUUCUUAGAAUAUAUGAGCGUGAUAUGGCAUUUCACAGAUUCUAGACAAUAGACAGGCUAGAAAAUACUAUUUAAAACUGCUCGCGCUUUGAAGAGACCAUAAUAAAAAGGGGAGAAAACAGAAAUGAUGGCUUUAGAUUAGCAGGAGGAGAACAUGCCUCAUGUACCUAAAUACCCAAGGAACAGCAUUAGACGCAGAGCGAACAAUAAUGAUGAUUCGUGCUUUGG